UUGACCUCAACCGUUUUACCUUUAAUGCCUGUAAGCACCUUGUGUUGCUUAAACAAUGCCAGCGCUGGGCAACCAUUUGUGUCGCACAAAGGCGUCUCUGCGAUGUUCUGUUUCUCUCUCUGAAAUGUUUUCUGUUUUAAUGGAAUCAUUUUAAGGAGGCAAUUAUUCAACACUGCGGCAUCACAUAAUAUUUAGAAACCAGAAAAUUGUGAGCUGAUGUUUUAUUAAUGAAAGAUGUUUGUUGGGUAUCGCUUGGUAUAAUUGUCUCUGUCGAGACGCGUGUCACCAGAGAGUGGUCGCAGUUUACGCUGUAAUUAAUCGGGUGUGUGGGUGUGUGUCUGUUCAGUGUGUGUGGGAGAGGAACCUGGAGGUUGGACAGGAAAAACCUGAUCCCAGAGUAUCCAGAAAAGACAAAACGCUACUUAAAAGAAACAACUUUUUUUUUUCUGAAGGAAAAGAGAAGCGGUUCAAAUUGAAAUGGUGAUCUGUAAUAAGCAGAAUCGAUGAAGGCGAACAUGUAAUUACAGUGGUUUUGCCUCAAGCUGUAAGACCUGAAUUUCCUCUGACCCUCACUCGUCUCCUGACUCAGCAGGUUUUACAACUACAUGCUGCAGAUAUUACUUUUAUGAUACAUGUCUAUUUUUUUUUCUAUUGUAGUGAGUGUCAAAAUUGAAAAAUGUUAUUUAUUAAAAAAAAAAAAGAAGUACAAUUUCACUACAAAUAUGUUUUGGUGAGAGAACUUACACAAUAAAAACGAAUAAUUAAAUAAAUAAAAGUUCAAUCUUGUGUCAUGAACAUGUAUAAUAUAAGCAACUUAUUAGACUGUUAUGGUUGCUGUGGUAGUACGGCUGUUGACCUAUUGUGUUGUUACACAUUCACAGCAGUGUUUUGUUACCGUAACAGCAUGUAAAUCAUAAAACUGAAAAUAAUAAAGUCCUCAUCCGUGCUCUUUUGGGAUGAAUCUUAUUAGCUAAUGGCGUUUAUCAAUCACCCAAAGUAGCUGGGAUAUGCUCCAAAAAUGAGGAAUGAAUGAAUGUACUUCUGGGAAUUUCUUUGAUUUGUGCUGAGCAAGUCUUCUAGUUGAUCUUCUGGCAAAUUCUAAUAAAGAAAACAAAGUCAUAAACAACUUGCGUGGGAAGAAGGAACGAAAGGAUUGGUGUCAUAAAGGUGUAAAAGGGACCGCGGAAUUGAAAUGUCUCCCACCAAUUUUCUGGAGAUCAGAAGCAGAUUAUUAUAUAUAUUUUUUGUUUGUUAAUCAUCAUCUGAAUAUACACCAGCAAGAGGUAACGGCCAAUGCAAUCCAGUUAAGGAAAAGUCAAGAAUGUUAGCAGACAUGUCGACAUCUAAUGGACAGACGGUUCAGGGCCCUGAUUCCCCGAGUGAGCUCACCAUAAAGCAAGAGGAGGAAACUGGUGAGGAGGCGAACACCAGGAGCCCAGCGCUCGACCAAACCAGCCGGGAAGACGUUUCCUCGGUUAAAUCCAUGACUGGCAGCCCGGCUGAGGCACAAGACGGGCUCUCUGGCAACAAUGUGACCAAUGAGGCAGCAAGUCGGCAACCAAAUGGAGACCGACCUUUCCAGUGCAACGAGUGCGGCGUCUCGUUCACUCAGAAGGGGAACCUGCUGCGACACAUCAAGCUGCACACGGGAGAAAAGCCCUUCAAAUGCCCCUUCUGCAGCUACGCCUGCCGCCGCCGCGAUGCCCUCACCGGCCAUUUGCGGACUCAUGCUGUUGGCAAACCACACAAGUGCAACUACUGUGGACGAAGUUACAAGCAGCGCACCUCUUUGGAGGAACACAAAGAGCGCUGUCAUAGCUACCUGCAAAGCAUAGGUCUGGAUCCAGCCACCGCCGCCAGCCCCUACACAGGUGAUGUUCCAAAAGAGCCAAGACACAUGGGGACCUUUGAUCGCCCACUCGUGAUGGAAAGACUUCACAGCAAUGUUGGCAAGAGGAAGAGCACAACUCCUCAAAAAUUUGUGGGUGAUAAAAUGGCUCGCUACGGCUAUCCAGAGUUAAGCUAUGAGAUGGGUCUCAAGUACGAAAAGCCGACUGAAAUGAUGCCAGGCCGGAUGAUGGAUCAGGCCCCCAACAACCCCAUGUACCUUGGAUCAGACAUGCUGCGGCUGCACCAUCCCGGUCUGUCUGUGGCCGAGGUGGUUCCUAUGGUGAACCCUCUGUUCCACCAUGUUCUUCCCAUAAGCCAAAGACCAGAGCGUCCUGGAAACAGCGAUGCCCUCCCGCCGCAGCUGAUACUUCCCACCGAUUACCCCAGCCACUCCACCUCUAACGGCGCUUUGCCGCGGCAGGUAAAGCUGGCACAGUCGGGACAAAAGGAGUCUCCCAACAACAGUGGAUUGGAAUCUGCUGACUCGGCACGCAGCAGCCCGCAGGAGAGGCCAGGCUACCACGCCGGAAGCACCCCUACGGGUCACAGGUUGCGUUCAAGUCCUGCUGUGUAUUCAGGGGAUCAUGUGGCAGUAGCGUCGCCUCGAAGUGGGUCGGCGUCAGGUACCGGCGCCCUGCAAGCCACCGCCGUCAAUCACGACGGGGUGAGGGUCUUCGCCAAGGACGGCAAAGAGCUGCGGGUGUUCCAGUGCGAGCAUUGUCGAGUGUUCUUUCUGGACCAUGUCAUGUACACUAUCCAUAUGGGUUGCCAUGGUUACAGAGAUCCACUGGAAUGCAACAUCUGUGGUCACCGCAGCGAAGACCGCUACGAGUUCUCCUCUCACAUCGUCCGAGGCGAACACACGUUCCACUAAAGAGGAAAUGUAGGAAACGCUGCAGAAGUCUGAUCAGUCGCCUCUGGGACUGCGCAAUGAAAUAGUUUACAUAGGUGUAGCACAAUCACGGACCAUUAAGCUACUCUGGAAUCUGAACGAUCAUAGACAUAUGAAGGGAAACAAGCAGCGUGGGCUGCUUUGGAAGUCCAGCAAUGCUCUCAGAAACCAUUUUAAAACCUCAAACACAUCUUGGUAAUGACUAGCAUCACAUGUUGCACAGUGUUUAUCUUACUCCUUUCUGUUCCUUGGCUCGCAAAACAGGAUGUUGCCAUAUGCAGCUGUGUUCAAGUCCAUCCCACCCUCAUGCCGUCUUCGUAGUAUGUUUGAAUAUGAUCAUCAGUUUGAGGACAAUAGUUGAGGUGAUUUGAGCUGAGAUGAGAAGGUGUCUUUCCAGAGCCAUCAUCUUAAUGUAUAUGUAGUAGAUUGUUGUAGUGAAGUACAGCAACUUUGAAUAAUACAAACCUCCAAAGCCCUGAAAAAGUUGGUUGUUUGGUUUGGAUAUCGCGAGAAUGAAGAGGAGAUGCUUUCAAGAAAAGGAUAAAUACUGAAGACAAGUUGACAAUAAUGUAUUUUCUUUACUGCUUAUAGCUCAGACUUUGAAACGAAAUCCACCAAAGAAGUGAAUAUUUUCUUUGACUCCGAACAAGGUUGUCACAGGGAAGUGUAGUUGCUGAUAAACACUCAACAGAAAGUGAAACAUCAGAUGGAUAUCAAGUGCAUUUAAACAAACUUUCUUCUAGAAAUACAGGUUUUUACUUUUACUGGACGGCGCAUUUUGUGAGCUGAAAUAACGUCUCUGAUAACUCAAAACUUUUCCAGGAUUUUGGAGCUGUUUUUGAAGUUUUAAAAAGUCGGCCCAGAAUAUAACUUUCUAGUGGCUUUAAAUUUUUUGAUGUCAAGUUGCAUGAUGAGUUAUGAACAUCAGUGGGAAGUAAAAGUGCCUGGCUCUUCAGAACCAUGAGGCAGAAUGUGGAGCUUUGAAAAGUUGUGUGCCGAUAGUGUGUGCUCAUGAUAAAGUCAAGACAAUCACGAGGUUUACAUGCACUCUAUAUUCCUGAUGAUAUUUAUAUCGCUCUCAUUGCUGCAGUUACUCAGAGUAUAGUUCCAUUGAAAAAUGACUUCUAUUGGAUUUGAUUUAAAAAAAGGCAUUUUCACGUGGUGUAGAUUGAACCUCAGCUAAAGGUUGAUAGUAGCGCUGUGCUGAUGUGGCCUCAUGAAACAGUCCCCCGCUGAAAACGGCACUCUCGGUUUAAAAACAAUAUGAGGUUACAUAGAAAUGGUAGUUGGAAUGCAAUGAUUUUAGAGCAAAGAGUGCCAUCUAGUGCGCUCUGAAAAUGAGGACGCUGUUUCAUGAAGCGUCAUCCCGGGUUGUUAACCAGAAUUUUGAUCUUAAAAGACUUGACGGAUGAGACUGGACUGCCUCAUGUGGACCAACAAUGAAGACCCAGUCGCCUCACUUUUCAGACCUAAUUCUCAUCCAAUAAAGGUGUUGAAACAUUCUUUUAUUUGAAACCGUGCUAUGGAGGAGAAUCUGUGCCUUGUCAAACAAAACAGACAGAACAUGUAUUUUGGAAGAUCCCACAGUCAUUUGUAAAUAGCAGAGGCACCCAUGCUACUGCAAUACCCGACAGCUACUACUUUUCAAAGGCAUUUUUUGUUACCAUUUCUAUCACUGCAUUAAAUAAUUUGUGCAUGUAAAUGUAGUGAUUGUGCAGUUUUAUCGACAAAUGUAAAAAAAGAAGUGAAGGACAGGAUGCUACUGGUUAAUAUGUGGGGAGUAAAUUCAUACAUAAAUGUACAUAAAUCCAAUGUUUUCUUGGAUACAUUUCUGGUUUUGUCGGUUUACAUCUUAUUCUUGAUGACCUCUGACCUUGUUAAAUCUUGCACUUUUAAAAGUGACUCUUGCUUUCAUAAAUGGACUUUAUCUGAAGCAGCCAUAUAUAUCUAUAAAAAAAAAGGGAAAUUGAUUUUCUAUAAAUCCUUUUGUGAGUCAGUGUUUUACUUGAAGACAACCUGUUUCACAACUCUAUUUUUCUGUUCUACGUCAGUGCAAAUGUGGUUUUUGUGAAUGAGUGUGCGCUUUAGCUAAGUGUUCUCAAACGUAUACGAGUGUGCGAAUCAAACAGGGUUCAGGUAAACUUAUUUUUAGAGAUAAACAAUUUGGCACUGAAAUGUUAGGAUGAUGCGGCAAACUUCUUCUAUGAGGGUUCUCAGGUAUUUACAUAUUCUGUACUUCAUGUCCUGAAACAUGUGAUUUGUAAAAAAAAAAAAAAAAAAGAAAGAAAAAGGAAACACAUUGAUCACUGAAUACAGUGGAUGAAGUUUUGACCCAAAUGACAUGAAGACGCAGUGCUGUGAAGAAUGUAUAUUUUUAAAGAUUUUUUUUUUCUGUGUAAAAUAAAUGAUUCUUUACUGUUGACUUUUGAAAAGGAAUUGAGGAAAUAUUGUAAUAAUAAACAUUCUCAAAACCAACAUGAGACAUCUGUUAGGACUCACGCUGUGUUGUGUUGUGUGAACAUGUUAACACACCGGUUUUCGCGAUGACAGAAUCCAAGAUCCUAGCCAGUAUUGUGAUUUUUUUUAUUUCCUUAUUUAGAUCUAAUCACAAUACACUACAUUCCAUUUUUGAUAGUUGGAAAAAAAAAAAAAAAGGGUUUUAUCAAAUUGCCUUGAAAGCCACACAGCGUUUGUAGCGUUCUUGACCUCUUAUCAGAACGAUUUUUGGAUCCAGAUGGUAAACCAGAACACCGCCAUCAUCAACAGUUCCUGAAAAACAAUAAUUCAUAUAUGGUCAUUACAUUUCAAGCUAUUUUGCGAACAAACAGACCGGACCACGACUGUCUUUGGUUGUUUUUUGAGGUAUGUAUCUCUCUGGCUCCGCUCCCAUCUCCA